AUGUGGAAAGUUUUUAUGAUAGAAAACUACAUGAGUAUUGAAGAUGAGAAUGUAGGCAGUAUGGGAAGCAUCACUGGCACGCUGGCCUACAUCCAGAAGUCAGAACUCACUAAUGAUCAAACAACUACAUUAGGAAAGAAAUUGUAUGGAUGUAAUGAAUGUGCAGUGAAUGCUUGUAAGUCACUCAUGAUGAUGCCUCAGAGAAAUUAUGCAGGAAAGAAACCCCACGAAUGCUGUGAUUAUAGGAAAGAUUUUUCCAGUAAGUCACAGAUUAUUACUCAUCAGCAAGCUCACACAGGAGAGAGAUCAUAUGGAUGCAAUCAGUGUCAAAAAGCCUUCAUUACAAAGUCAGCACUCAUUUAUCAUCAAAAAACUCGUCAUAAAGAAGGGAAAUCGUAUGGGUGCAGUAAAUAUGAGAAAGCUUUCCCUUGGAAGUCAAAACUUAUUUUACAUCAGAGAACUCAUUCAGGAGACAGACCUUUCAGAUGCAGAGUAUGUGAUAAAGCCUUCAUGGUUAGGACACAUCUCACUGUACAUCAGAGAACUCACACAGGAGAGAAACCAUAUGAGUGCUUGGAUUGUGAGAAAGCCUUCUCAAAAAAGGCUCAGCUCAUGAUUCAUCAGCGAAUUCACACAGGAGAGAGACCCUAUGGAUGCAGUGAAUGUCAACAAGCUUUCGUUGAGAAAUCGGAUCUCACUAAUCAUAAGAAAACUCAUCAUGCAGUAGGGAAACCCCAUGGAUGCAGUGAAUGUGGCAAAGUUUUCCCCUGGAAGUCAAAACUUCUUGUACAUCAGAGAGUUCAUUCUGGAGAGAGACCCUACAAAUGCAGUGGAUGUGAUAAAGCCUUCACAUCAAAGGCACAUCUCAUUGUACAUCAGAGAAUUCACACAGGAGAAAAACCAUAUGAAUGCUCUCAUUGCAAAAAAGCCUUCUCCACUAAGGCACACCUCAUUAUUCAUCAGCGAACUCACACCGGAGAGAGGCCCUGUGGAUGCAAUGAAUGUCAGCAAACUUUCAUCCAGAAGUCAGGUCUCACUAACCAUCUGCAAACUUGUCAUGCAAGAGUGAAAUCUUAUGGAUGCAGUGAAUGUGGGAAGGUUUUGUCCUGUAAGUCAACUCUCAUUAUACAUCAGAGAACUCACACAGGUGAGAAACCCUUCAAAUGCAGUGUGUGUGAUAAAGCCUUUACAGCUAAAUCCUAUCUCACUGUACAUCAGAGAAUUCAUACAGGAGAGAAGCCAUAUAAAUGCUGUGAUUGUAAGAAAGCAUUCACUACUUUGUCAACUCUCAUUGGUCACUGGAAAACUCACACAGGAGAGAGGCCCUAUGGGUGCAGUAAAUGUCAAAAAGCCUUCUUUCGGAGGUCAGCUCUUAUUAAUCAUCAGCAAACUCAACAUAUGGGAGGAAAAUCCUAUGUACAAUGA